GAACUGUGCAGCCUUCCCAAGCAACGUUGGGACGUCACGGCUUGAUGCCCAUCCUUCGUCCCAAUGAAAGCGCUGAUGGGUGCCGCCAAGGGCGUUUUUGGGGGAGAUGAAGGUCCUCCACCGGUGGGUGAGGCUUGGUGGCCGCCGCCAGAUAAGCCACCUUUGCUGCCGCCGCCCAUCUCGCCAUUUUUUCAGGGUCAACCAGCUGCACGAGCCCGUGCUAUCGCCACAGAAUCGGGCUGGUUUGGAGCCCUUGCAGAUGUGGCCAGUGGCAAAGCACAACGUGAAUCCGCCAAUGCCAUGUACUACUCAGACGAAGCCGUGACCAAAGCUGGAGAAGCUGCGGGCUAUCGUGAAGCGGCUGUAGAUUGGGACAAAGUGAAUGCAAUGACUCGAAGCCUCAACGAACUCCUUCGAAAGUCUCAGCUUCCUGGCGGUGGCGAUCCUGCCGAAGUGCUGAUGGCCAGACAUCUCAAGGAUCAGACACAAGCCAUGGUAGACGAGGGAGAAGCGGCAUUGAAACGCUUCAAGUACCUAGCGAAAAAUGAGGAUGCAGAACUGAUCUUUGAUGAUCGGACGUUAGAGGAGAUUCAGAAAGCCCAGGACACUUUGGAAGAUCAUCAGGAGAUGGCCCUGCAGGCUCUUGCCCGGGCGAAUGCUCAUCACGGCAAAAUGGAACACAUUUUGCACGAUUGGAACACCAAGAGUAUGGUAACGCACCUUCCCAAGGAAAUGAUGAAACCAAAUGGGGAUCCAUGGUGGCCGGAUCCAGUUCCCCCCGCGCAUCUCCCAGAUCGGAAAAUUCUGUUGUUUCCAACUGGCGCGGGAAUAAAGAAUUUCUCGCCUCCGGGAACGUACUUUUUGUAGAGGUGUGUCCAUAGCAUUUCGCGGGAAUGGUUUCCAUGUGUUUCCACCAGUGGAAACCCUUUGGUCGCAACACGUCGCGCAAAGCACGCGAUGUCAAAGUGAUGGAUACCGGUAGGUUGCCACCAGCCACCAGCAAAACAAAAUUUCAACUGCUGUUUUCCUUUCGCUUUGCAACGGGC